ACUGUCACCAAGGCUGCUUGGGUGCUGAUGUUGACCAGCGAUAUCUGGUGCCACAAUGAUGGCUUAUUAAAAUUGGUUCAACGUGUCACCAGAGACCUAUUCAAUAAUAAACAUUUUUAUAGAUUGUAGUAGCUCGGACUGUGUAUUGAUAUAUAUAGAAAUGCAUAACAAAUAAUCACGGGAAUAAUUAGAUUACAUUGAAAAGAAAGAAAGAAAAAAAAAACAGUUGUAGAAGAUGAUCCUGGAUACAAACAACUGGGUGUUGUCUCAGUAAAAUCAAGAUUUUGGGAACUUUUUUGGGGGAAGGAAGGUUAAAACAGGAUUCAGACCUGCUUUGGGGUUUUUCUCGGCAUGGCGCAGCAUCCGGAGCUCAUAAACCAUCACAACAUUGCCAAUCCCGUUUAGGUGUCGAAAGCCACAGAGAUAUGAUCCCACUGGAUCGAGGGUGUUUGUACUUCUAGAGAAUGAGGUCGACAGGCUGAUUUCAACACACCAGGUGAGUUCUGGAUGUGUCCAAAUAUCCAUCCAUAGGAGCCCCUAUAAUCCCUUAAUCUCUGUCUUCUCAAAUCCCCAAAUUUACAUACUCGACAGUUAGAUAAGAAUGCCGCACUGUGUAAUACUGCAAGUUUUCUUGUUGGUUGGGGCAUGUUUCUCCACUUGGGCUGCCCCAUUAAGGAGCACCUCCUUGCCACAGGAAAGACGUUGUGAUAGAAGAGAGCAACAAUCAAGAGAUACCAAUGAACAUCCAGCAAGCCAUCAUGAUGACAAGAUGUGUAUAAUUUCAUCCAUACCCCAGGCCUCAUCCCCUCUUGUACAAGAACCUAAAGGAACAGCAGAUGUCUUUUCCAGUGUCAAGCAUGAAGGGAUGAAGAUUGCAAUUACAGACGCCAACCUGGGACACAAGAUAGAGUUGUUUCGGAGAAGCGUUAAAUCUUAUACACAAUACCAUGAAGAAAGCACUGAGCCUACUGAAGAGAGUUCAGCAGAGGAAAAGAAGCAGAAGCUUUUACCUACAUCUCCACAUGAAUCCUUUCCUCUCAUGGACCAUACAGUGGGACAUGGAAUUGAAAAUACAGAGAAGGAGCCGUCAACGUCUCCAGAGAAUUAUGCUGAGCAGAAAGUAGCGCCAAUACAGCUGAGGACAGACAGACCUGAGCCGACACAAGUUACACUGGGACUCAGUGGCUACAGCAGCUUACCUUACAGUGAUAUAGAAGAAGAUAAGGGGACUGUACAGCCUUUAACAAAACCUCAGCCAUUAAAACAGGAGGGAGGAUGGGACGUAAAGACGAGCAAAAACCAAUUUGAUGAGCUAAAAAUUUCAAGAGGAAUUUCAACUGAACCCUCAUUCUCUGCCCAUGCCUCUGUGAGCCAGUCUCCCAGGAACAUCAACCCAGCUGUUACAGCUCUAACUACUUCACACAGUUAUGAUGGACAGACUGGAGGAUCUACAAAGGAGAAAAAGAGAGUAGCAGAGGUGAACUUCUUUACAGCUACAGAGCAAGACAAAGCAUUGGUACCUGGACUACUGACCCUCAGUUCCAGACUGGCUGAGCUUGGAGACACCUGGACAGAACCAGUUCACUUACAAGGAGUAGAAGAAGCGAGUGUCUUGCCCUUGUUACAGGAAGUGGGCACAGAGGCGACCAUGUCUUCUGAAGACCUCCCUUUGAUCUUUGAGCCAUUUGAUGAUGUCACACCAUCCAGUAGUUCAGCGCUGGCAUCUGAGCUGUCUGUCGCCAUGGUGCCCGCAACGGGGAUGCUCGGUGAGACAGAGCUAGAGCAAACACUCUCCAUGGAUACAGACCACAGUCCUCAUCAGUCUUUUCCGGGGCCUUCGGAUUGGCCUUCCCCGUGGCAGAUGUCAGGUGCUGAGAACUCGGAUACUGUCUCGUCAUCUCAAAUGCCAAUCAGCGGGCCUUUCUCUGAAGCAGACGUGGAGCGUAGUGAGAGGACAGAAAGGCUACAGAAUCCAAUUGUUCUCUCGACGUCUGUGGAUGUACUUCGUUUGUCACCUUCAGCCACCACACAGCAGGUUGCAGACAUCAAGUCGACUCACUCUGCAGUGUUGAAGCCGGUGUCAGGGCUGGAAGAACUGGAAUCUCAAGAAAAUGAAGAUGAAGAGGAUGAUUAUGCAGAUGAAUCUGAGGAGGAUGAAGAGGAGAGUGAAGAGGAGCUGACUGAGGUUCCUGUGCAUUCUCCUACCCGUCCUCCUUACAUCCUCAUCCCUCCUCCUCCAGUCUGGGGGCAGAGGAAUCAAGGCCUCAUACGCAGCUGGGUUAAGCUGAUCCGGGAAAAGGCUGGCUAUGUUUCCGGGAUGUUGGCACCUGUGGGGAUCGGUAUAGCUGGGGCACUACUUAUUGUUGGAGCUCUUUAUGGCAUCAGGAUGAUCCAUCGUAAGAGGAAGAACAGCCUGAAGCACCAGAGGAGAAAGCAACCUACAGAAGUCAGAAGUGGACCAGACCAAGCAAUGCUACUAGCUGAUAGCUCUGAAGAUGAAUUUUAAAUCACUCAAAUAAAGAGGUUCCCAUGAUCACUUAGUGCUUCAGCCAUCUCACGGUACUAGACGUCCUAACAACACAUAUUUGGAAGAAUUUCAGUAUGUGAAGUUAAUGUCACACUUAUUAUUUAAAUGUAUAUUAAGGUGCAUUUUACUAUAUUUAAUGGCACUCAAACAUCAGCAGAUUUCUAUUGGUUAAUAUCUGUGCAAAUAAAUGAAAUGUAAGUUUGGCCAAAAGAAUUAAUCAGUUGGCCCCAAACAUUGUAGUUGAUCAGCAAAGAAAAGCCUGUAGGGGUCCUAAGGGGUGCAACAGAAGAGCAUUCGCCAUACCUUCAGGAGAGUAAAAGAACAAAAAAACAGAAUUGGUUAUAGGGAAGGAGGAAUGGCGUACUCUCUUUCCUCUUUCAGUCACCAGCCAAUCAUGGGCAUGUGUCCGCAAUUAUCGUUGGUACAAGCGUCCAACUUUGGUGAACAAUAUGACCCAAAAGUGAUAUUAUAUGUAUAUAUAUCUUCUGUUUAUACUGAAACUGUUUUUACAGUAUAUGGAUGGUUCUACGUAGACAGCUAUGUCUUUUAAAGUAAGUACUUGAUGUAGACGUCCAUGCUACCUGCUAAACAGGAAGCUGUUACUCUUCCUUAAUCUUUAGCUACAUUUGAAAAGAAGUAAAAGAAGUCUUUAAAAUGGUUCGAGGUUUAAAACUUGCUUUAUUUUUCAAUAAUCAGUUUUUUUCCCAUUAAUGGAUUAAUGCUCAGUAUUCUGACUACAUUCCAAAAAAAAAAAGCAAACCCAUUUUAACGUUGCGCUAUUUUGCACCUAGCUAGGUUUUCAAAGUCCAUAUUGUUGUGUCUACUCUCUAAGGACUUGACUGUAAUAUUAACAAUUAUGCUUUUGAAUCUGUUGCUAUGACUGAAUGCAUUAAACAGCACACACUAAACGCUCAAAAUGUACUGCAGUCUCUGGAAGAAUAAAAAAUCUUAAUUCCUAAUUAGCUAGUUAAAUUAGCAAAGCUAGUUAACAGAGGUAACUAGCUUGCAGCAUUUUGCCAAAGGUAUGUGACACAUGUUGAUCUUAAAUCUUACUCUGUUACUAUAUUGGAAAAGUUUAAAAAAAAUUAUAGUUUCCACCUUCGAAAGUGCUGGAAAAUAAAAGAAGACAUUUUACUUUUGCAAAGCUGCUUAACAAACGUGUCUUUGACGAUUGACUACAUUUGAGGUAAUGAGAAAAUUAUGUAAAUGAUUAUUUUUUUUCCUAUUUAUAAAUACUGACUGCAAUCCUACUGUAUUUAGAUCAUUUUUGUGUGCAAAGCUCUUUAAGAGAAAACUAUAUCAUUUACAAAAUGAAAAUUAUUCUGUUUAUUUGAUGCAGCUGCUAACGUUUUUUGCUAACGUAAGUGUGGGAUCAUCAUGGAAAAAUAAACAGAAAAAAACCCCAAAGUCAAGUCAAGAAGCUUUUUAAAUGGUAUUACUGUACACUAAUGGAGUACACUAUGUUUACCGUAGCCAACUUUCCGGAAAUAAACACAUGCUCCAUUAAUGCAUACAAUGAACAACUGUAUAUGUUACAUGGAUCAUGUUUGUGCACAAAGUAUACAUCGUACCGUACCAGGUUUAUUGCUGUAUUAUUGCUAAUUGUUGACAGCUCUUAGAUUUAAUGUAUUGUUCCAAUGCCUUCGUGACAAUCUAACAAAUUGCACUUGUUAUAAACAUGUGUUUGUGUUAUUUCUGUUGUCAUCAUGACAAUAAAGGACCUAAGAGUAAAUAAAAGCAGA